GGGCUCUACCAUCUUCUCGGAGCCGGGGUGGAACGGAAGGAGACAGUAAUGCUGCAAGUAAACGAGUUCCUCGUUGGGGACCCACUACCUAGAAACUCCCCAUGGUACAGCUCUGGCAAAUGAGUUUCAUCUACUCUUGGCUUGUGGAUUUUAACUUCCCGUCCGUGUCUUCGAACUUCACCCUCCCCCACAGCUUCCUGGAUGAUAGAAGUUUCUUAAGGCCUCUGAUUCCAGAAGGUACUGUCUGGCGUCAAACUAGUCUCGGGUGAAAAAUAAGUCUCAAGCGCCCCGGACUGCUCAUGCGCGCACUGUUGCGCCCUCCCGCGAGCGGAAGGCGUGUUCUCGGUUCCGGCGCGGUCUCCACCGGUUGGGGGAAAGUAACCACUGCUGUUGCACCAUGGCGUCGGUCGGGACCCUCGCCUUCGAUGAAUAUGGGCGCCCUUUCCUCAUCAUCAAGGAUCAGGAUCGCAAAUCUCGUCUUAUGGGACUUGAGGCUCUCAAGUCUCAUAUCAUGGCGGCAAAGGCUGUAGCAAAUACAAUGAGAACAUCACUUGGACCAAAUGGACUUGAUAAAAUGAUGGUGGACAAGGAUGGCGACGUGACAGUGACAAAUGACGGUGCCACCAUUCUAAGCAUGAUGGACGUGGAUCACCAGAUUGCCAAGCUGAUGGUGGAGCUGUCCAAAUCACAGGACGAUGAAAUUGGAGAUGGGACCACGGGGGUGGUUGUCCUGGCUGGCGCCCUGCUGGAGGAAGCCGAGCAGCUGCUGGACCGCGGCAUUCACCCGAUCAGGAUCGCCGAUGGCUACGAACAGGCCGCCCGCAUCGCUAUCGAGCACCUAGACCAGAUCAGCGAUAGUGUCCUCGUUGACAUAAAGGACAUUGAGCCCCUGAUUCAGACCGCAGAGACCACGCUGGGCUCCAAAGUGGUUAACAGCUGUCACCGGCAGAUGGCCGAGAUUGCCGUGAAUGCUGUCCUCACCGUAGCAGACAUGCAGCGCAGAGACGUGGACUUCGAGCUCAUCAAGGUGGAAGGCAAAGUGGGCGGGCGGCUGGAGGACACGAAACUUAUUAAGGGCGUGAUCGUGGACAAGGAUUUCAGUCACCCACAGAUGCCAAAACAAGUGGAAAAUGCUAAGAUUGCAAUCCUCACGUGUCCAUUUGAACCACCAAAACCAAAGACCAAGCAUAAGCUGGAUGUGACCUCUGUUGAAGAUUAUAAAGCCCUUCAGAAAUACGAAAAGGAGAAGUUUGAAGAGAUGAUUCGGCAAAUUAAAGAAACGGGAGCUAACCUAGCUAUUUGCCAGUGGGGCUUCGACGACGAAGCAAAUCAUUUACUUCUUCAGAAUAACCUACCUGCGGUUCGCUGGGUAGGAGGACCUGAAAUAGAGCUGAUCGCCAUCGCAACGGGAGGCCGGAUUGUUCCGCGGUUCUCAGAGCUUACGUCUGAGAAGCUGGGCUUUGCUGGUCUUGUAAAAGAGAUCUCCUUUGGGACCACUAAGGACAAAAUGCUGGUCAUCGAGCAGUGUAAGAACUCCAGGGCUGUGACCAUUUUCAUCAGAGGAGGAAAUAAGAUGAUCAUCGAGGAAGCAAAACGAUCCCUUCACGAUGCUCUGUGUGUCAUCCGGAACCUCAUCCGCGAUAACCGUGUGGUGUACGGAGGAGGCGCUGCUGAGAUCGCUUGUGCACUGGCAGUGAGCCAGGAGGCUGACAAGUGCCCGACCUUGGAGCAGUACGCCAUGCGGGCUUUUGCCGAUGCGCUGGAGGUCAUCCCCAUGGCUCUUUCUGAAAACAGCGGCAUGAAUCCCAUCCAGACUAUGACCGAAGUCCGAGCCAGACAAGUGAAGGACAUGAACCCUGCUCUGGGGAUUGACUGUUUGCACAAGGGUACAAAUGAUAUGAAGCAGCAGCAUGUCAUAGAAACUUUGAUUGGCAAAAAGCAACAGAUCUCUCUUGCAACACAAAUGGUUAGAAUGAUUUUGAAGAUUGAUGACAUCCGGAAGCCUGGAGAAUCUGAAGAAUAAGGAAAAACUUGAGAAUAAAAUGUAGUAGUAAGACCCACUGCUGUGACCGAAUAAAGGGAUGUCUCAUGACGCAUCUGCAGUUAUUUAUUACUGUGUCCUUUUUCAGACACUGUGGAUGCUGUUAUAAUAAAUAAAAAUAGCUGUUUGGUUAACCAUGGUUUUACUUGUUCACAAACGCUCGGCUGUGGGAGUGCUGUCUCGCAAGCUUUUGUAUUCGUUCCAUUAAAGCGCUCUCUUUAAAC